UGGGCCAUUAUUUCCCUCACUGUUCGCAAUGGUGGAGUAUCGUUCCUGCCCCUGACACCUACAAUGGGACACUAUUCCUUCCACUGACACCAAUUAUGGAGCACUAUUCCUUCCAGUGACACCAACGCUGGGGCGCUAUUCCUUCCACUGACACCAACGAUGGGGCACUAUUCCUUCCACUGACACCAAUGAUGGAGUACUAUUCCUUCCACUGACACCAAAGCUGGGACGCUAUUCCUUCCACUGACACCAAUGAAGGGGACAAUUUUUACUCCCACUGACACCAAUGAUGGGGCACUAUUCCUUCCACUGACACCAACGAAGGGGACACUGUUUACUCCCACUGACACUAACAAUGGGGCACCAUUUCUUCCAUUGACACCAACAAAGGGGACACUGUUUACUCCCACUGACACCAACGAUGGGGCACUAUUCCUUCCACUGACACCAACGAUGGGGCACUAUUCCUUUCACUGACACCAAUGAUGGGGCACUAUUCCUCCCACUGACACCAGUGAUGGGGCACUACUCCUUCCACUGACACCAACGAUGGG